UUUCUCCUUGCAUAACCCUGUUAGGGUUUUUGGGGUCGCCAUUUUUGUUUCUCAACAACCUUAUUUCACAUUCCACUUCGCACCAUUCACAAUGAACUCCAACACUAUAUGAUACCUUUCCUGGACAUCGCCAACAUUGUUUUAACCAAUAUUUCAAAAGAUCGUCUGACACCGGUAAGCUGUUUUGGCCCUCACGUUUUUCUAGUUGCUCUUUUAGAUUCUAUCCUUUUCCCGGAACUUGGUUUUCGAACCGAUGGAUAUCCAUCCACUCGUUGGCACACUGGGCUUCUGGAAGCUUCAACUGCAAGAAAACUCCAUUCUACCAUUGGCCAAAUCGCAGUUGUUGCUCAUUUGUCAGACAUGAUGGGUUCGAAUUCGAACCAUGAAUUCAAUAACCCUUUUAGGUCCAAAGGUGGUCCACAAAUUUUCCCAUUCUUUGAUUAUUUUGCGGAGUUUAUGUAGCCUUCCGUUUGGUGGUGAUGGAUUUGAAUGCAUUGAGGAGCCUUUGAAAAACCUAGAAUUAAAUUGUGAUUCUGCUGUGGAUGGAACGCUCCGUUUAAACGAGGAUUGGGGCUAUAACCAAAAGCAGUUUUCACUGAGGAAAGGGUUCAUAGAAAGUGUGAGGUUAGAUGCUAAGAGGGUUCUUGAGGUUCUCCGACAAGAUGGUCCCGGUCUCGAUGCCAGGUUGGUUUUAGGUGAGUUGCAUGUGAGGCCAUCAGGGCUUCUUGUGAGGGAGGUUCUCUUUGGAAUUUUGAAGAACAUAAAUUCUGAGAAUAAAACUAGGUGUGCAAAGCUGGCAUACAAGUUUUUUGUGUGGUGUAGUCAGCAAGAGGGUUACCGGCAUACUGCAAAUGCAUAUCACUUAGUUAUGAACAUAUAUGCGGAGUGUGAGGAGUUUAAGGCAUUGUGGAGAUUGGUUGAUGAAAUGAUUGAGAAAAAGCUUCCGGCUACUGCUCGAACUUUCAAUAUCUUGAUUCGUACUUGUGGUGAGGCAGGAUUGGCUAAGAAAUUGGUGGAGAGGUUCUUAAAAUCAAAGACAUUUAACUUUAGGCCUUUUAAGCACUGCUAUAACGCAAUCCUGCAUGGUCUUCUUGUUUUAAAACAGUACAAGUUGAUUGAGUGGGUUUAUCAGCAGAUGUUGCUUGAUGGAUUUUCUUCAGAUAUUUUAACUUAUAAUAUUGUCAUGUAUGCAAAGUACAGACUUGGAAAGUUGGAUCAAUUCCACAGACUGUUUGACGAGAUGGGUAGAAAUGGAUUUUUUCCAGAUUUUCAUACAUUCAAUAUUCUACUUCAUGUUCUUGGCAAAGGGGACAAACCGCUUGCAGCUCUCAAUCUCUUAAAUCACAUGAGAGAAAUGGGUAUAGAUCCAACUGUGCUUCAUUUCACUACAUUGAUAGAUGGACUUAGCAGAGCUGGAAAUAUGGAUGCUUGCAAGUAUUUUUUUGAUGAAAUGAUAAAGAAUGGAUGUAUCCCAGAUGUGGUGGCUUACACUGUAAUGAUAACAGGAUAUGUAGUGGCUGGUGAGCUUGAGAAUGCCCUGGAAAUGUAUCAAGAUAUGAUUUCUAGAGAACAAAUUCCAAAUGUUUUUACAUACAAUUCCAUAAUUCGGGGAUUGUGCAGGGCAGGAAAAUUUGAUGAAGCAUGUUCAAUGCUCAAGGAAAUGGAAACCAAAGGUUGUAGUCCAAACUCUGUUGUCUAUGAUAGUUUAGUGAGUUGUUUACGGAAUGCUGGAAAGACUGCUGCUGCUCAUGAAGUGAUAAGACAGAUGACAGAGAAGAGCAAGUACACUCACAUAUAUUCAAGAUACGAACGGAACAAAUGAGGCAUCGACUUUUGAUCUGGAUAACCGAGACCCAUGAUCUGCUGCGUGUUCAGCUGACUAGAAGCUGGAUAAUGAAGCUAUACUUCUUUUUGCUAAUAUCGGCCUGCAUUUGUCGAAGAGCUUAUUUGCUACGAAUAAGCUUUUGGAGGUGUAAGACUAAUCUUCCUGGUUCAUGAGUUCCAAAAUCCGGAGCAAGCAACAAACAACAGCUUCAAAUAUUGCCAAUAGUCAGAGAUGCAGUAAUUAUUUAAGUUGAUCUCCACACACAUGCUUAAGCUGGUUGCUUUUCUGUGGCUUCAAAGGGCAGCCAUUCAGUUUGAUGCCACAUUCCAGAUGAAGAUUGGAAAGCUUAUCCUCUUCUAUUGUCAGUUAAACAUCAUACAGGAUAAAUGUUGAACGUAAGUGUAUACAUCCAUCAUUCAAGUUCCCGCUCUGAUUGUACAAUCUCAUAGGAUUGAUGUUUUUAGGUUUUCUGUUGGAUGGAUUGGCGACUCAAAGUGUUUACAUUCGUCAUCCGGGGCUUGUGUAUCUACAUGUAAUGAUGAAGGCGGCCGUUGCUUUUUUGGUCUGUCAGCUAAGCCUAUUCAGCAUUGUGUUUUCCCCCUUGAUCUUUCUAAUACGGUUUUAUUCGUUUAUUUUGUAUUCCUGAUUGAAUUGACUGGUUAUUAUAGCCAUUACAUACUUACCGUGUGAGAUUCCUAUACUGAGAAUGAGACUGAGGAUAAAAUUGAACGUUUCAUUUCAUCUAA